AUGUGGCGUUCUGUGCGCAGGUGUAAAUGUAACGGCCACGCCAGCGAGUGUUUGAAGAACAGCGGAGGAAACCUGGUGUGUAACUGCAAACACAACACGGAGGGCGCCGACUGCGACCACUGCAAAGCCUUCUACAACGACCGGCCGUGGAGGCGCGCCACGGCCGACAGCCCCAACGAAUGUCUGUCCUGUAACUGUAACGGGAAGAGUUCAGAAUGCUACUUUGAUGCAGAGCUGUACCGAGCCACGGGUCACGGCGGUCACUGCCUCAGCUGCGCCGACAACACCGACGGCCCCAACUGUGAGCGCUGCCUGGACAACUACCACCGCGACCAAACCGGCAGCCGCUGCCUGCCCUGCGCCUGCAACUCCAUCGGUUCAGAAUCCCCACAGUGCGACGACAGAGGCAUCUGCUCCUGUAAACCUGGUGUUACCGGUGAGAAGUGUGACCGCUGCCAACCAGGCUUCCACAGCCUCACUGAGGCUGGCUGUAGGCCCUGUUCCUGUGCUCCGUCAGGCAGUACCCAGGAGUGUGAUGUCACCACGGGCCAGUGUCGCUGUAAGGACCAUGUGGAAGGCUUCAGCUGUGACAGGUACAGCUCAACUCAUCACAGAUCAUGUCACUUGGUGAUGUCUCAUUUGAAGCCUUAG